GUACUAAACAGAAUAGAACACCGAGUUGAAUUGUAAGAACUGAACAAGUUUGAAUGUGUAGUAGAAUGGUAGCAAAAUCGUGAACAAACAUGAAGAACACAAACGAAGAUGCUUCCACACAAGAUCUGGACCCUCAAAGCGAUCACAGCUCCGAUUACUUAGCUCAACCACAACCUCGCCGUCUCCGCGGCUUCGCUGCCACGGCGGUGGGAAUCAAUUCCACCGGAAAAGGAAAAAAAGAAAGAGAAAAAGAAAAGGAACAAACGAAGCUCCGAGAACGACACCGUCGAGCCAUCACCAGCCGAAUGUUAGCUGGACUCCGUCAGUAUGGUAAUUUCCCUUUACCGGCGCGUGCUGACAUGAACGACGUACUCGCUGCUCUAGCGCGUGAAGCUGGUUGGAUUGUUGAUGCUGAUGGAACUACCUAUCGCCAGUGUCUUCCUCCUUCUCACAUGGUUUCAUUCGUUUUCUUUCAAUUUCAUGAUUGAAUUUAAAUUGAUUAAAGUAAUGAGUCUUUUUUGAUCUAACCUGAUGAUCAGAAAGGUUGAUGGCCGGUCCGUUGAGCAAGCAUCCACGCCGAAUGGGGGGUUUGUACCUGCAGGCACUCCGAUGCUUAAGUCAGCAAGAGAAUGAGAGAGAUACAAGAGAAGAGAGAGAAAGUAUAGUGAGUAAUGGUUUAGAAUACCUGGCUCUCCUGUCUAGGAGAGCUUAUAUAGUGCCCCCGGCGCUGGGCCAAAGGUUGGUCUAUUGGGCCGGGAUAACCGACCCAAUAGACUCAACUGCCAAGAUAGUCCCUGUAUCGUAGGGGAGACCGUUAUUUGCCUCUAUCUUGGUUGGAACCGUCCCGCUAUUCGCGGGUAAUGGAUAGGCUCCGUGACAGAUGUGGUUGGAUAAAUGAGCACGUGCUAAACGUGCUGCUUAGCUGUUAAACUACGGUGGAAUGGAUCAACAUGCAUGGAUAGAUGAGCACAUGUUUAACGUGCCGCCUAUCCGUUAUGUCGGGCAGGACACGUCACUGGCUGACGUGUCGGGGAAGUCUCCCCUUAUUGGGCCAUGCCCCAAAUGUCGGGCAGAAGCGAUUGGGCCAGCUCUUGGCCCAGUCCAGAACAGGAGCCCCCCAAGUCGUUGCUCCUAGGCAUAGGAGUAAUGACUUAAGGUCCGGGCCCGCAUGUUGAGGAAAUGUUUUCCCCGCUAAUCGUAGGAGGAGUUCACAAUUCAUUGAUUUAUGAUUGUUGCUCGUUUGCGCGAGGAGAGUAUAUGUUGCUCGUAAAUUCCUCUGUGGCAUGACGAGGAGAAAUUUCUAAGGAGGAAGUUUCCCUUAGCUCGUAGCGCGUGCCACGAUGUUCGUGGAGGAACUUACGGGGAAGAGAUUUUGCCUUUGAACGUUAUUGGCUUUUUAGUUCCUCAACUAAUUGUCGAGGAGGUAUUGCGUAUGUUGCAUCUAGUUGAUGCUGCCUGUUUUUGCGGGCACGUUUUGUGGCGUUUGUUUCAAUUGCCCGCAAUUCGCGCUUGUCCGCAACGUCGGGGAGAUAUCUACGUUGGGGAUAGCGACGAAUCCCUCGAGAGGCGCGUGGUUCUGCUCGAUGGGAUGUGAAAAGACAAACGUUUCGUCUGAUCUUGACGCGUGUGUGUGCUAGUGGAAAGAGUAAUGAUGACAUUGGGAAUAUGCAGUAGUUGCCUCGUUUUACGAGGGGGCCUCUUAGCCGUUGGAUACACGCGACCUUUGAUUUCCUGCGAGAUUCAAUCAGGGCCUUUCGAUGAUUUUUGAUCAGAACCGUUGGAUCUUGAUCAACGAGUGUGAUUGGAAGGGCGCGUUUUUUCGCCAUGGAGGUGCAGGGCCUCAAAGGGUCUAUAAAUAGGAGAGGGGAGAUUCAUUUGGACUUUUCUCUUCCUCUCUCAUACGUUGCUGCUGCUACUGCAUUUCUCAAUUGAAAGUUCAAAGUUCACAAAAGCUUCUACUUUUUCGUUGCUUCAAGUCUUCAUUCAAACAGGUAAGGUGCCCUACUCUGUUUUGCUUUCCAAACCUAUGCCUUUUGAUUUGUGUUUUCGCCUUGAAUGCAUUUAGAUUUAGAGCAAACUUUGGUUUAUUUUGGGUUUAUGUGUUUUGAAUGGGUUUUUCUUUUCCCAUACCCAUUUUGGUUUUGGGUUGAACCCCAUUUGUUAGUAGUUUAGAUACUGUUUUAGUGAGAUACUAGUGUUUGGUGGUGGUAUUUUCACUAUCAAACGUUGUUUCUGUGUGUUGUAGUGUUUUCGUGAUUCUGGGUUUUGCCCAUAUUUUUUCCGAUUCUGGAAAAACAAAGAACUUUGAUGAACUUUGGUUUUGUUUCUGGAAAAAUGAUGAACGAUUGAUGAAGAUGAUGAAUCUUCUGGAAAAUGAUGAUGAACACCAUGAAUAAUUCUUGGAAUUCUAUGCGUUUUUCGUCGGGGAGAAGAAUGUUGUUUCCUCUCCCGGUUAACAAUUAUUAUCUUGUCGUGGAGAAUUGAUUCGCUAUUUCUCCCCGUUUAUUGUAGCAAAAAACUAGGUUAGUUAAGCCUUGUGUCGGGGAACUUCUCCCCGUUAUCGUCUUCGCGAGUUUUGCGGGACUUUACAAUUUGUAUGAAUGUCGGGGACCCUCUCCCCGUUUUUGACUUUAGGAUUUAAUUGGAAAAAAAAUGAGUUUGUAGAACUCUAUGUUGGGGAGCUUCUCCCCGUUUUUAACUUGAGAUUUUAUGCAAAAACGAAGUUUGCUUCUAAGCGUCGAGCAAUGUUGAUAGCUUGCGUCGGGGACUGUUUCCCCGUUUUUAGGCUUUGUUAAAUGGUUCUCCUCGUCUCCUCUGUUUUUUGUCUUUGUUUUGCCAUUUUGAUAAGGGCUUUUGGUCGGGGACAGCGUCCUCGCCCUAUCUUACGCACUUUCACUUGAAUUGCGGUGAAAGGGUGGAUUUGAUAAUUAUCGAAUUCACUGUCUUUUCGCUGCUUUUCAGGUUUUCGGAAUGUCGGACACGGAGGAGGUAACGGGGAGUCAAGCGACGUCCAAGCACAAGUUGGUUGACACAAUUACAGAUCCCGAGCUGGCUUGGGUUGCGCCCGAGCCGAGGGGCAUUGCUUCGACAAUUACCGCUCAGGAUCCCCGACUCUUUACUAUUGUCGAGGGGGCUGGCCCGGUUAACUAGGAGGUCCAUAUGCCUGCUGAAGGGGAGCGGAUUUGUUCGCCGUACACUGAAGAUGGAUUUACCAUGUAGGAAAUGGCGUUCAAAGGGAUGGGAUAUCGACUGCCCUUCAACAACCUUGAAGCCGAGAUUUUUGGCCGGUUAAAGGUGGCUCCCUCACAGCUUCAUCCAAACGCGCUGGCGUUCAUCCGGGCAUACCAGAUUCUUUGUCGGUAUCUGGAGGUGGAGGCCACAGUCUCUUUAUUCUUCUAUAUCUUCAAAAUCCAACGACAGAAAGUCGGGGACCAGCAAGGUUGGGUGUCCUUGAAGCACCAGUCGAGCAAGAUAUUCAAGAUGUUUGUGGAGUCUGCCCGGGGCUUCAAGGAGAGAUAUUACGUGGUGAAGCCGGUGACGGAGUUUGCCUUAAACUCUCUUUAUAUGGACAAACCGGUAUUCCUCGAGGAUGGGUCUCCUCAAUUGGACGAGGAGGGGGAGCAGGUAACGGAGUGGGGCCUUCGUUUCCCAUUGUCGUGGUCGUCGGGGCACUUUGUAAUGCGAACCGAUGAAUAUCUGACGGCUGCCGAGGACCUGACCCCGGCGGAUAUGGUAGGCUUCGAGAAGCUUAAGACCUAUGUGGAUGGUUUUAAACCUUGUAAGGUUAUGACCAGUUUAGGGGAGGUUGCGCUAGAUAAGUAUGGUAAACCAAGGAUCGAACCUCGUAUCGUUAAUACCAAGCUAUUAUUGUCGUGCAAGAUUGUUUCAGCUGAGAACACUUUGUUGGGUAGAAUGGCUGAUCUUGCUUCUGAGCUGAUGAGGACAGCUACUGAGCACAAGGGAGAUAAAUCAAAGAAAAAGGCGAGGAAGUCCAGGCCUGGUGUGAGCAACGUUCUGGUUGCCGAGCAAGCUGCUUCAGGGAGUAUUAGCCAGUCUUCACCGGUGUUGAGCUCAGCGGGGACCCCGACAGGUCGUGCAAAGAGGCAGCGGGAGGAGCAGAUGACGCCUAUUGUAGACCUGUCGGAGGGGGACGGUGGUUUCGUCCUCCCCGCAUGCCUGAGCAACCGGAGCUUUUUUGAUAAAAAUCCCCUCCAGGUGCCUGCAUCAGAGAAGAAUUAUGUUCUGAGCGUUUCUUCAGCUGUCCGACAGAACCAGCUGAAUGAAGAUAUUGCUGCUGUCAUCCAGCUGGCGGAGACGGCCUUGGUUCUGAAUGAGGGGGGGGCAACUCAUAAGGUGGAGAAGUUGGCUGCCCGGAAUGCCAAGCUGGAGGGGCACAUUGUGAAGCUGGAGGGUGAGCUCAUUGAUUUUAGGGGCAAGCAAAAGAAUUAUGGGAAUCUGUUGGAAGAAGCCCGGGUUACUCGAGAGGAGUUGGAGAAAACUAAGAAAGAGCUCGAGGAGGUAAAGACCCAGGGUGCCGAGGAGAAGAAGAAACUGGAGGAGGUGAUAGGUGACCUGCAGUCCAAGUUUGCUCCUGCUGCUGAUGAGGCCGUUGAAACUUCCAGGCUGGUAAGUCGAGCAGACCUGGUCAAGGAAAUCAAGAGGCUCGGGGGCCUGAUGUUGGCGAGCAUGGUACAUGGGUGGAAGAAUGCGGUGGCUCAGCUGAAGGUCGUGAAUUCCGAGCACGGGUUGAUUACCGAGGGGAUUCACCGGCUGAAAAAAGUUGAAAAUGGCCAGAUUGUCAUUCCAGAGGAGUAUAGACAGAUGGCUUUGGAGGAGGAGAAGGAGGAUGAAGAAGAUGACGAUGAUGAGGAUGACGUGGAGGAAGUGGUCGAGGAGGAGAAGGCUCCUGAUGGAAACCAAGAGGGUCAUGAUGAAAGCAACUGAUCCUCCCUGACUUUUUAUUUGGGCCUGCGCGCCGUUGACUUGUAUUUCUUUUUGUUUUAUUUUAUAACAAUUUUUGGGGGCUUGCGUGCCCGGUUUUGUAAUGUUCGAACAAGUGGGUUUUUAUGCCCGGUAUUUUUAUGACAGUGCCCGUUUUGUUAAUCCUGCUCGUUUAUUUCAUGCUCCUCGUUUGUAUGUUUAAAUUAUCGCUUUUGUUUUUGCUAAGUUAUGCCUGUUCGUACUGAAUUUAUGCAUGUCUUUAUGCUUGCUCGUUUUUAACUUAACAAAUUUUUUGGUUUUGUCAUUUGUAUACCUGCUCGACAUUAUUGUAUGCCUGCACAACAAAACCAUUUUUUAUAUUUGCAAGUUUUCGUUUCGAGCGCGUUUCGUCGAGGAGGUCGUCCUCGGAUUUAACUUAGAAAGUUUAGGGAACUGUCUAAGCGCCUAGAGUUGUUUCUGAGGCUAAUACGGAUGCCGACACGUUGGUGUGCCCGCCCCCGCGGCUU